GUGAGAAUUGCAUGGCACAAUAUAUAAAGCUCUAACUCCAAAUCCAGAAUUUUGUUUCAGUGCAUGUUUUGGUUCUAUCUGGUAACAAUGGAUCAAGAAAUGGGUGUCAAAGUGUACAAUGCAACUCCACCAGCAGAGGAAGGAGGAAGAAACAAGAACCCGCAGCAGAACAAGCGUCGUGCGAUGAUGGCAAAGGGUGUUCAGAAAACUCUAUCCAAAACCUCUCUCCUCGGAAACUUCCUUCCCACGGGAACUCUCCUCACCUUCGAGAUGGUGCUGCCUUCCAUCUACAAGAACGGAGAGUGCAGCCACGUGCAGACCCUCAUGAUCAACUUCCUCCUCUCUGUCUGCGCCCUCUCCUGCUUCUUCUUCCACUUCACCGACAGUUUCCACGGCCCUGACGGAACCCUCUACUAUGGCUUCGUCACCACGCGCGGCCUCUCCGUCUUCAAGCCUUCUCUCCCCGCCGUGCCUGUGCCCAGCGACGACAAGUUCAAGGUGGGCUUCACCGACUUCGUCCACGCCGUCAUGUCCGUGAUGAUCUUCGUGGCCAUUGCUGUUUCCGAUCACAGGGUCACCAACUGUUUGUUCCCUGGGCACGAGAAGGACUUGGAGCAGGUUAGGGAGAGUUUUCCUCUCUUGGUGGGACUCCUUUGCAGUGGCUUGUUCCUCGUCUUUCCCACUUCCAGACAUGGCAUUGGUUGCAUGUCUGCUUAGUUCCUUCUCUUCCUUUCAUCAACAAAUUUAGGAUUAUAAUGUAUGAUGUUUGAUUCUGUUCAUAAUGUAUAUGUUGUAUGAUUCUCUUUGUUACUGACAUCUUCAUAAUGUAUGAUGUAUAUGAUGUAUGUUCUCCUCCAU